AGUUGUACCGCUUGUUAUAUUUCGUGAUCGGCUUUUGGCCAUGGCUAAUGCAUCAGCGGUGACGGUUAACGCGCAAGAGAGAGCGUGCGCCCAGGCAUCGGCAAUUUUGAAACGAGAAAGAAACUAGAGAAAUUGAAACAAUCGGGAAUUCUGGCAGCCGUGCUAGUCAUCUUUAAUAUUGAAAUAUCUUUAAGUCCGCGCUCAUGCUUGGUGAAGUGUUUUGAUCACACUACUUCGUAAUGUGCAUUUUCCUACGAGUUUGAUAUGCCCUCAACAAUGUUUUCUCCUCUUCACUCCAUGCAUUUGGAUAGGAAAGUUAAUAAACUAGGCAAACAACGAGAGACAGAAAGUCGUUCGAAACAGACAGACAUCAAAAUCGUGUUUUAUAAGAAAUUUGAGUUCGAGCCAAGUUAACCACGAUGUCCACUUAAAGUAAAAUAUAAUGUUACGGUACAGACAGCCUACAAUUGUAGCACGGUAAAAAUUAUUGCUGGAAACUUGAGAAGGCAACAAAAAUUGAACUAAGGGCGUCGAAAGGAUGUCUGAAAACUCAGUCUAGAGCACUGAAUUUCUACCUCAUAGUUAGGCCAGGUCGCAGAGAUCGUAAAAUUUAUUAAAUGUUGACGAAGACAGAAAUUUUGUGACACUUGAAGGCUCGACUAAUGUACUGUAACUGAUCCGCCAUACGGAUUUAUCUAAGACCUCUCGUAAAAAUUCACAAGAAUCGAUCGAGAAGUCAGUGGUAAAAUUAGCUAGUAAAAUGUUUGUUAAAGUUGGUUUAUCUUCCGCUGAGCCGAGCACGUUCGGCACUAAACAAACAACGAAAAGCAAACUCAAACAAACCUCUACUUUGAUCGUGCAGUAAUUUGCGUGAAACGUGACGUUCUCACAAGGAAAAGGAAACGACAAAAAAGAAAAGGAAACAUUUAAAAGGACGUAAAACUUUGCAGCGCAAACGGAAUGUUAAUUUCUUAAUAACACUGCUUCCUGAAAGUUUACUUUUCUACCGAGAACAAGUGAUUUACGAUGAGCGUAUGGUUUAAAACUACACAAAGUAAGAUUGUCGCAUACUAACGUAGACAGAUUCACAUAAAAAACGAUACAAAAAGGUAUUAAAAUAUGCCGUGAUAAGACUUAAAACAAAUCUUGCAUAAUCCUGCAAAGCUUUUAUUUGUUUUAGCUGAAACUAUUAGACAUUGGUACGUGAAGAGCGAAGGAAUUUGAAUAUUAAGUACAUAGCACAAAAAAUUCUUGAAAAACAUAGGUUUGAAUUGUUUAAGAAUUAGACGUCCUUUUUAUGAGUUUAUCAAUGUUGAUUUGAAUAACGUUCGCUCCCUUCUUUCUUCCCUUUCUGCCCCUUACCUUCUACCACAAACGGUUGAGCAAUUUUUUAACAGGUGAAUAAAUCACACAGGUCUGUUCUUUCGACAAAGUUGUUUUACUCUCGUGUCGCUUGCGCGCCGCAUAAUUGGCCUAUUAUUCCAAGGUACUAUUGUGUCGAAUCUCUGACGAGGACGACAAUUAGGAUUCAUCGAGAUGUGAAGUGAAGUCUACGCCAACGAAUAGUAUAUAGCCUCCGGUUAUCGCAGCAAAACAAAGACCCGGCGCACGGCUUGCAAAUUCUUAUCUCACAGUUACGUCAAUUCCUCGCCGCUGACGACUUUGUGAUUACAGGUCCCCCAGGGUAUACGAAAACAAACUUUAUUUGGCCAAGUUUGCAAAGCCGUUGGAAAAACCUUCGCAAUUUUUAGAAGUGACUUUUUUGCAACCGACAAACUCCACAGGUGGGGGGUAAUUGGGAAUCAGUGAGCGAUGGCAAUGCACGCUAUUGUAUGUCUGGUAAAUACAAACCUAUGAAAUAACUUUAAACGUCGGCCGACAGGCAAGGGGGCUGGCAACGCAGCGUUAUCACCCGCGGCCAUCAAGCGAAGCUGCCAAACGAAUGGCCUAUUUGGUUGGCUUGUUUACUCGGCAUUCUUUCCCUCUGUGUACUCAAUCAGCUUUGUAAAUCAGAGCUUUUUAACUUCGAAGUCUGUCGUUGAAGUUGCUCUGCUUGUCAUUAAUUGUUAAACACGGUGCUUGCUUGCUAUGCGCGGCAAAAUACAAUGGAAUAGGCUUUUCGCGCGUGACGUCAUCUGCGAUUGUUCGGCAGCCAAUCGGGCACGGGCCUUUAUUGAUUUCAAUUAAUAGGAUCUGCCCCCGCGUCAAUCAAUGACUGAUUAGCAACUCACUCACAGCCAGCUACACACUGAAUACUCAAUUCCAUUAGAACAUGCGAAUAAGAGGCAAAUCAUGAAAGUUUACUUGAGGUCCGACGCGUACCGAAGAGCUCGGACAUUGCGGGUUCGUGCCAAGGAUGUGACACUAUACGGUGCGAAGGGAGAAUAUUAACCGCUAGGAUAUUCAUGGUACUAAACGCCUGCGAGAACGAGUGGGCAACAGAAUCGGAGGAGAGGGUUUCGCCAUCUUGCAGGACUGCAACCCAAUCUCCGAGAGCCAUGAACGAAUCAACCAACAGUGCGAGAGGGCAGCGUAAAUACCGGAACAUAAGUCCCGCUUAUGAGGCCGAGGUCGUCGAGCAAAGCGAAGGCGACACGAGGCUACGAUCGCCGAAUUCUAUGGGUACGCAGAGAGAGGAUGCCGGGGAUUCGAGCGAAGUGUCUCCGAGGGUCGAGAUCGACGGGUCUCCUUCGGUUGGACAUAAAAAGAAAGGGCUGCAAAAGCUUGCCUCGGGAGCCAUCGCCAACAUCGGAUCUGUUUUUAGGGGGGGUGCGAAUGGGGAACUAGAGGGUCGAAGUGAGCCAAGCGCAGUUAGAUCUUCUAGGAAUGCAACUAAGGUCCCCUUUAACACUCACGAUCUUGCUCUCGACUCAGAUCCUGGCAUGCAGGAAAAGCUGUCGCCGCCGCCAUCGUCGUCGUCUUCGCAAAAAGAGGGAUUCUUUCAAAAGGCCUGGCGAAACCGGCUGAAGGUGAUACCCAACGCUGGCAAUGCCCUGUGGAUUCCUCAGGAGGACUGCACCUGGAGUUCUAUCGAAGGACGAAAAGUACAGCUCACCAACACUCAACUAUCCGCGCUCUCUGUGCCGGAGUGUAUCGCCCUUCAAAGAGUGGCUCAAACCCGGUUAAAGCAAUUGAAUCUUAAAUGUCACGUAACAAUCCCCAAAGACCCACGAACUCAAAGGAAGUCUCUAAAGAGAGCGCUAUCAUGGAAGACACGGAACUCUGGAUCAAGUCUUUUUGAUAAAGACAAAGAUAAAGAAAAUGGUGUAUUUGCAAUACCUCUACACAAGGCUGUCACAGCACAAGGCACCCCAGAUUCUAUUGAACCUAAAAAACCUCAAAAGAAUCUUAAAGAAGGCACACCAUCAAUAUCAUCAACAACCUCUGCUGGAACUCCAGAGGCACCUGAUGACUCGCCUAGAGUCAGACGGCAUUCAUCAGGAUCAAGUCUAUCACAGAGUUCAAGAUCAUCUGUGGAGAAUUCAAGUCCAAAUACAGAUAACAAGACUUCCUCAAAUAAAGACCAACCUUUAGAAUCAACGAGUUGGAAAUCUCGACUUAUUGAGGCACUGACACUUCUGUCAUCGUCUGCCUCUGCAUCUUGUUUGAUGGACAAACAGUCAAUGCUCAGUCCCUCACCGCCUCAAGUUCCACCAAUCGUCUUACAAGCAAUUGAACAUCUUCAAUCAUAUGGUCUGCAUGUUCUUGGAAUUUUUAGAGUUGGAGGUUCAAAGAAGCGAAUGAAACAAAUGAGAGAUCAGUUUGAUUCUGGAGAGAAGACAAAGUUCACAGAAGAAGACAACCCACAUGAUGUAGCAGCAUUAUUCAAGGAAUACUUCCGGGACCUUCCAGAGCCACUACUUACUCGAGACUUGUACUCUGCCUUCUUAGAAACACAAACCUUUGGCGAUCCAAAUAUACAGAUAACAGCUCUCCGUCUGCUAUGUUGCUUGCUGCCAAUUCCUAACAGGGACACAUUAAAAGUACUCUUGGAAUUUCUGGCUGAAGUAGCACAAUGUGCAGCAGAUACCGUUGAUGGCAAAGGGAAGGAAAUUCCUGGAAACAAAAUGACUUCCCAAAACCUAGCAAUCAUAAUUGGACCAAAUAUUUUGCACAAGGUUAAAGGACAGCAUCACGACUUUCUAGUAGAAGACAAGGCUCGUGCGGACGAAAGGAGAGAAAUUAUAGACGUUGUACAAGACAUGAUUGAACAUCACAGCCAGUUGUUCGAGAUCUCAGCGGAAAUGCAUCACGACGCUCUCCUUCAACUUCUGGAAAGUGAACCUGAAAUGGUCGAUUACAUUUUGAGAAGGAAGUUGUUACGAACUCACGGUGCCAGCUCUGAUUUGGAAGAUGACCCUUUCGCUUUUGAAGGAGCAGACAAAACAGAGACAUCAAUAAGAGGGCGUGUACAAUCCGCGGGAGCGGCAGAACGUUCCGCAAGGCGCUUGUUGCACGCGCAUGGAUCGCGCCCACUCGAUGACACGAACUGGCGCACGAGACAGCCACCACCACAUUCAAUAACACGCAGCAGUAGCGACAAAACAAAUUACGGUUCGGUAUUUCCUAUACGUAGUUACUCUUUUAAUCAAGAAGACUCAAGACAUUAUCGCGAGCACACGUUCGGCCGUCAGUUAUCUUCACCCGCGGACGAUAACUUGUCGCCAGUCACUUACAAUUCUAAUUACAAACUAACCAAGCGCAAGACGCCACCGUUGGCGCGCUCGUUGUGCAGAUACGACGGCUCCGCCCUCGAGCAGCCUCCAUCACCUGCUCUGUCUUCAAGGUCGCCUUCGGUGUCAUAUUCAAACUAUUCCACGCCUCCUUCUUCUCCUUCGGGAUCUACUGCUUUUGCAUCUGCGGAAUCUAGCUCUUCGUCGCCGAUAACGGGCCGAACUUAUGUGAUGGACGAGGGACCGACGAUAACCGAAUGGACGAGCUUUCAAACUGAAGUCGAUGUCGAGUUAGCUCGGGAAGACGACGAGUACACUCGAAGACAAACUUUCGAUUCUCGGACUUUCAAUCUGUCAGACUGGCAACGGGAAAAUUGGUUCCAAUGGGAGUCUCUCACUCAACAGAACAGCAGCCAAAAGGACUUCCUGGAGCAAGAAACGUUAGUGUAGCAAUUUUGUGGUAGAAAAUUCUUUGUUAGCUGUCGAGUGGUAUAAGAAAGUGUUCGGUAAUGAAACCCUUCUAAUGAAACAGUCGGGGGAACAAGUGCCGUUUGCGGUAAAUUUUCACUGACGAACCAGAGGAGUCUCCGAUUCUUUAUGUCGCUGGGACAACUAUGGUAGCAAAGACUGCGGGCUCAACUGGUACUUCAUCCCCCGACUGUUAGUUAGCUGGAGAUUUAAAAAGAGGUUGACACUGUAUAACAUCGUGGUGAAUCGCGGUUAUAGCAUUUAUUUAUGUAAAAAAAUAAUAGGAAAAAAGAGUGGCCUUCUAUUCUCGAGUUGGGGUAGAAGAAAGAUGAAAUUCAUACAAAUCUACACUGCGUGUAGACGCUACGAGUAAAACCGACAUCGGUGACCUUCCUUCCUGUUAUAGAAGGUAUAAAUAUGAUUAAGUUUGCGACCAUACGAUACAUGUAGAGGAGAAGGAAAACGCCCCUCCCUUAGAGUAAGAAAGUCCGCUGUAUGGACGUCCUCGUCAAGUUCCGGAAGAUCUUCGGAAAAGAUCCGACUACAGUCAGUGAUCUUCGGAAGGUCUUCGUUUAUAACUUCGGCUAAUCCUCUAUUUAGUUUGAUGUUCUGUUAUGGGUCGGAAAAUCGAGUGGUGUAUGCUAGGAGAAAUGCAACUGAAACUACCUUGAUCCAUAGUAUUUUCAAACAAUAGAAGCUGUUAUUUUCUUAAUACUUUUCCGAGUCAGAGAAAGCAGACAUGAGAUGUCUUUAUUCAAUCGACUUCAAAAUUUCAUAUGAGCACCUGGCUCCACGCAGAUUCGUUCAGUGCUUCUGAUUGGUUUGAUAAUUAGCACGAAAAUUCAAGACUAACCAGUCACCAACUAGAGAUUCUACUCUCUCCGUAGAGCUAUCUUAUUAGACAUAUUCAUAUUUGCCUGCUGGCAUCAUCUUAUCUGAUUAUGUUGAAAUUGUACGCUUCGCGAAUUAGUAAACUAUGAAAUUCGUCAAAAUUAUAGCUAAAAUUACGAGAAGCUUGCUUCUUAGUCCUCCGUAGUAAACUAUCGAAAAUUGCUAGUCCAUUCUUUAUGAACAAGACUAUUAUUAGUAUUAUUGUACUUGUACAAUAAUAACAUGGGUAACACUGAAACACGGCAAACAACGGACUAAAUAUAGAGACUUAUAAAUGCUUUAAAGGCCAAAAUAGCGAGUUUUAUUGCGUAAAGUAGGUGUUUUUCUUAGUGAUAAUUUAGUCCGGUUUGCAACUCGUUUCACGUAUGCAACUCGAAAGACAAAAAACCUUUAUAUGCAUAUUAUUGGAAUAUAUACUUUGUGUACAUUAUGCUUCCAAUAGGUGAUAUUUUAUAAUAAAUACUUUAUGAGAGAGA